CAUCCUAAUAAAGAGGCCAACUUUCUUCGCCGAAGCAAAACCCUAGCAGAGCGCGUCGCAUUCUCUCUCUCUCUCUCCUCAUUUUACAGAGAAAUGGCGAAGUCGAAGAACCACACCGCCCACAACCAGUCUUUCAAGGCUCACAAGAACGGCAUCAAGAAGCCCAGGAAGCACCGCCACACGUCCACCAAAGGGAUGGAUCCCAAGUUUUUGAGGAACCAGAGGUACGCGAGGAAGCACAACAACCAGAAGAACCAGUCGGGCUCUGAGCAGGAGUAAAUGGGACGCCUUGAAAUUAGCAGUUUUGGGGGUUUUUUUACUUAUCUGUUUAGGAUUUACUGUAUUUGAACAUUAUGGGUGUCAUUUACUGUUUUAAUUGUUCGUAGUAGCAUUGUAAUCCGAUGUUACUCUAUUGGGUUUUGUUUU